AUGUCUGAAAACAAUACGCACUUCUCCUUUUCUAAGGAAGAAGAUAAAGUUCUUGCCUAUUGGAAUGAAAUUGAUGCUUUCCACACCUCUUUAGAACUGACUAAGGAUAAACCUGAAUUCUCUUUCUUCGAUGGUCCUCCAUUUGCAACUGGUACUCCUCAUUACGGUCAUAUUUUGGCCUCUACUAUUAAGGAUAUUGUUCCAAGAUAUGCCACUAUGACUGGUCACCAUGUUGAAAGAAGAUUUGGUUGGGAUACCCAUGGUGUUCCAAUUGAACAUAUCAUCGACAAGAAAUUAGGUAUCAAGGGUAAGGAAGAUGUUUUUAAAUAUGGUAUUGAUAACUAUAACAAUGAAUGUAGAUCAAUCGUUAUGACUUAUGCUGAAGAUUGGAGAAAAACUAUUGGUCGUUUGGGACGUUGGAUUGAUUUUGAUAAUGAUUAUAAGACUAUGUAUCCAUCUUACAUGGAAUCUACGUGGUGGGCUUUCAAGCAACUUUUUGAAAAGCAACAAGUUUACCGUGGUUACAGAGUUAUGCCAUAUUCUACUGGUCUAACCACUCCAUUAAGUAAUUUCGAAGCUCAACAAAAUUAUAAGGAUGUUAAUGAUCCAGCUGUUACCAUCGGUUUCAAUGUUAUUGGACAGGAAAAAACACAACUAGUUGCAUGGACAACAACUCCCUGGACUUUGCCAUCAAAUAUGGCAUUGUGUGUUAACCCAGAUUUUGAAUACGUGAAAAUUUAUGAUGAAAAGAAAGAUCGUUAUUAUAUUCUAUUGGAAUCUUUGAUUAAAUCCCUAUACAAGAAGCCAAAGGAUGAAAAAUACAAAGUUGUCGAAAAGAUUAAGGGUAGUGAUUUGGUUGGAUUGAAAUAUGAACCUUUGUUCCCAUACUUUGCCGAAGAAUUUAAAGAUACUGCAUUUAGAGUUAUAUCUGAUGGUUACGUUACAAGUGAAUCAGGUACUGGUAUCGUCCACAACGCCCCUGCCUUUGGUGAAGAGGAUUACACUAUCUGUACAAGAGAAGGUAUUGUGUCUGAAGGUGCCAAUUUCCCAAACCCAUUGGAUGAUUUAGGUAGAUUUACCAGUGAAGUCACAGAUUUUGCUGGUGUUUACGUUAAGGAUGCUGAUAAAUUGAUUAUUAAACACUUGACUGCCACUGGUAACAUGUUGUAUCACACUCAAAUUCGCCAUUCAUAUCCAUUCUGUUGGAGAUCUGACACCCCAUUAUUGUACCGUGCUGUUCCAGCUUGGUUCGUUCGUGUCAGAAACAUUGUUCCACAAAUGUUAGAAUCCGUAGAGAAAUCUCACUGGGUUCCAAACGUUAUCAAGGAGAAGAGAUUCGCCAACUGGAUUGCCAAUGCUCGUGAUUGGAAUGUUUCUAGAAAUAGAUACUGGGGUACACCUAUCCCAUUAUGGGUUUCAGAUGAUUUCAAGGAAAUUGUUUGUAUUGGUUCCGUUGAAGAAUUAGAGAAAUUAUCUGGUGUUACAGGGAUUAAGGAUUUACAUCGUGACACCAUUGAUAAAUUGACUAUUCCAUCAAAACAAGGUAAGGGUGAGUUGAAGAGAAUCGAAGAAGUUUUUGACUGUUGGUUCGAAUCAGGUUCCAUGCCAUAUGCUUCUCAACAUUAUCCAUUUGAAAACACUGAAAAAUUCAGUCAAAGAGUCCCCGCUAACUUUAUCUCUGAAGGUUUAGAUCAAACAAGAGGUUGGUUCUACACUUUAAGUGUGUUAGGUACUCAUUUGUUUGGGUCUGUUCCAUACAAGAACGUUAUUGUUUCUGGUAUUGUGUUGGCCGCUGAUGGUAGAAAGAUGUCUAAAUCUUUGAAGAAUUACCCAGAUCCAAAUAUUGUCUUGGUAAAAUAUGGUGCUGAUGCUCUAAGAUUGUAUUUGAUUAAUUCACCAGUCUUAAAAGCUGAAAGUUUGAAAUUUAAGGAAGAAGGUGUUAAGGAAGUUGUUUCCAAGGUCUUACUACCAUGGUGGAAUUCUUUCAAGUUUUUGGAUGGUCAAAUUGCGUUAUUGAAGAAAACCUCUGACAUUGAUUUCAAAUAUGAUCCAAGCUUAAUGAGCGAUAACGUCAUGGAUAGAUGGAUCUUAGCCUCUAUGCAAUCUUUAGUGCAAUUUAUCCACCAAGAAAUGGGUCUUUACAAAUUAUACACUGUUGUUCCAAGAUUAUUGAACUUCAUUGAUGAAUUGACCAAUUGGUAUAUUAGAUUUAACCGUCGUCGUCUCAAGGGUGAAAAUGGUGUUGAAGAUUGUUUGAAGGCAUUGAACUCUCUAUUCGAAGCUUUGUUCACUUUUGUUCGUGCUAUGGCUCCAUUUACCCCAUUCUUGGCUGAUACUAUUUAUUUGAAGUUGAAGGAAUAUAUUCCAGCUGAUGUCUUGGCCAAAUACACCAAGGACGGUAGAUCUGUUCAUUUCUUAUCCUACCCAGUUGUGAGAGAAGAAUUAUUUGAUGAAGCCAUUGAAACGGCUGUUGCUAGAAUGCAAUCCGUUAUUGAUUUGGGUAGAAAUAUUCGUGAAAAGAAGAUGAUUUCUUUGAAGACUCCAUUGAAGACUUUGGUUAUUCUACACGGUGAUGAAGCUUAUCUAAAGGAUGUUGAAGCAUUGAAGGAUUACAUUACUGAAGAACUUAAUGUUCGUGAUGUUAUUAUCACUUCUGAUGAGAAGAAGUACGGUGUUGAAUAUAAGGCUGUUGCUGACUGGCCUGUUCUAGGUAAGAAAUUAAAGAAGGACGCCAAGAAAGUUAAAGAUGCUUUGCCUUCUGUUAGUUCUGCAGACGUUCAAAAGUACUUGGACACUGGUAAAUUAGAAGUAGCUGGUAUUGAAUUGGUAAAGGGUGAUUUGAAUGUCAUUAGAGGUCUACCUGAAUCGGAAACUGCUCAUGGUCAAGAAACCAGAACUGAUCAAGAAGUCUUGAUUAUUUUGGAUACUAAUAUCUAUCCUGAAUUGAAGACAGAAGGUUUGGCAAGAGAGUUGGUGAACAGAAUCCAAAAAUUGAGAAAGAAGUGUGGACUUGAAGCUACUGAUGAUGUUCUUGUGGAGUACGACUUGGUCAAGGAUACCAUUGAUUUUGACUCCAUUGUCAAGGAACAUUUUGACAUGUUGAGUAAGACUUGUAGAUCGGACAUUGUCAAGGGCACCGGCAAGGAAGGUGCCAUCGCCGAUGAAGAACAAGCCAUCAAUGACACCACAUUCAGGUUGAAGAUCUUCAAAUUGUGA